AUGAAUGUUCUGGAUGAUGUGCUGAGUGAAGUCUCAUCGCAUCCUCUGUCAUCCAAAGACUUGUUAAAGUAUCAGAAGGUGGUGGAGGCACUCCGAAGAUAUUGGCCUAAUUGGAGCCCUCUCGACCAGACCAUGACUGCGUGCAAUCACCUUCUGCGACAGAAUGAUGCGUGGAGGGACUACGCUACUAGGCUCCAAGAACUAGUCCAUAUCUCAGACGAUGUAGUGACGGAGGCGAGAAGAUGUUUGGCACAGACAGGAGAGAUUUCGGCUACUGACAUCCACUUGUAUCUUGGAUUACUUCGAAACUCGAACACCGCGUUGACGAUCGCUCCGGUCACGCCGUACGAAGAUUUUGAUUCCUUUUUCCAUACUCUUGACCGCGAGAAAAGCUGGGUAGUCCCCGUUCAGUUUGCAUCUAGCUGGGGCUUUGCGGUUGUUUAUCCUGACUGCACUCAUUGGUACGACAGCGGCGGGGCGCUACAGAAACCUAGCCUCCCAGAGUGGCCCAGACCCAGUUGCUUCGAUACGGAAGAUACUGGGGUAAUCAUGCUACUGGGUAUCCGGCUAGUCGCGAACGGCUUGCCGCAUGCAUCCAACGAUCUUAUCGAGGAGGGGCUUCCACACUUCCGAGCUCGGCUGCUGGUUGAACUCGGCUGCCAAAAAUUAGACCCUGAUGAGCGCGCAUUCGAAGCUGCCGAUAGACACGUCCUUGGUCUACUAGAAAGGGAACAGGAAAUUCAUUCCUCACACUUUGACGAUGCCUGGGGCGAUGGAUAUCCAGAUCCCAACGCGUCACCGCCGGGGUCGGACCUGGACAACGGCAUUGCUGAUACGACACCCGGCCCUGCGCCUGACUCGGCACUUUCAGGAAGUGCAGACGUGCUAAGUGACGGUGGUGGUAUUAAUCUACCUCUCCUCCACCCUAGCAGCCCAGACGACAGGACGUUAGAAACGGUCAAUCAUGGCAACGUGCCUGCUAAUCAUAGAAUCGACACUGAAGCGUAUGUCAUAGAUCAACAAGCGCCAUGUAGGAAUGCCCCAGCGAUGCUAAGCCGGGUACAUCCCCAACAUAUCCGCCACGUAGACAUAUUGCCAAGACCCAUCUCUGACGAGGGUGCCGAGAUGAAAAGCAUGUUACUUGUGCUCAGCGAUGCUGUGUUAACGGCCCGCUCGACUUCAAUAUCGUCGCAGACAAGCAUUCCAGUACUAUGCAACAUCAUCGAGGCGGGAAAAGCGGCUAGCGACUUUCAUUAUCGAUACUGCCAGACCCGUCUUUACGAAAAGGUGGCCAUGAGAGGCGCAAGAGCCUACGAAAUCGACCCACGGGGUUCAUACUACGUUGGGUGCUACAUGAACCAAGUGCGGAGGAGGAAAAUUGGAAAAAGGCGAUUUCGGGAGGAAGGGAAGCUGUGGCUGGAAUUAUGUGACAUCUGCGGCCAGCAUGGUAUCAACCCGUAUUCCCUUCUCUGUGCAGUUCCGCAACGCCAGCGUUUCUCAGUAGACUCCAUGUCAAUCCUUAAGACUCGGUUAAGAAACCCAAACGACCCGCUGGUAGCACUCCUACGGCAAGCGGGACAAUUGUGCCAAGCAAUCGUCGAAGGGAAUCUUCCAUCUUACAUUAUGUUUAUCGAGGUAUUUACGGCUAAGACGUUUGAGGCUUUCAGUCGUGAUGAGUUUACUGCUUUUACCAGCAUUCACAGAAACGCCCUCUUGCCGAUCCCUCCUUAUGCGGCCCGCAACGGAGGACGAAAGUGA